AUGAUAAUGGAGGAAGCUUCUUCCCCAGAGAGAAGUUCUGAUUACGCUUACGCAAAUCAUGUACAAGUAACAGAUUGUUUAAUUUUGAUCUUGUUUGAUUCAUUUAUCUCUUUGCUUAUUUAUUUAUUUUCUCUUUAUACUAUCCACAGUCCUUUUCUGUGGAAACUAACACUGGAUACAUGAUGAUGGAAGGAGCUUCUUGCUCUGAGAGAACUUAUGAUUACGCUUACGCAAAUCGUGUAGGAAUCACACCUCCUUCUUUAAUCUCGCGGACUACAACGGGGUGCGUUCCCGCUGAUGCCUCUCUCGGAAGCCUCGGUGAUGAUGCCUCUGCUAAUCAACAAUCACCACCAUCUGUUGAAGUCAGGUCAUCGGCCAAUUAUAUAGAUAAAAAUUUCGAAGACACGAACAGACGAACAGAUCCUGAGGAGUAUUUUGAAAUGGGAAAGAGACGAGGCGUGGAGUUUGCAGAUAGUGCAGAUAAAUAUGGUCGCAAUGGCUUAUCCAAAGAAGAAGAAGGACCUGGAAAUCUGGUUCUCGUCGAAACUGGGAAAUUCAGGUCAUCUGCAAUUUCCCCUGGUAAACAUUACGAGAACCUAAGUGCAAAGAAUAAGUUAUCUGAUGAAGGUGAAAACGACGAGCAUUUGCGGCUAAAUGAUAGAGCUUGUGGUUUGUCGUAUGAAACCCUAUCGCGUAGCAGCACAAGCCAUUUUUCAGUGGAGAGAACCGAUCCUGAGGAGUAUGUCGAAAUGUGUAAGAGAAGCGCCGUACAGCUUGCGCACAGUCGUCAUCAAUCUGGUCUGCAUGGUUUCCCCGACAUUGAAGAAGAGGGUCCUGAAUAUCUAAUGAUAAUCGGAAGUGGGAAUUGA